AUGCAACACGAAGCAGACAAGCAUACGAAUGCAAAUAUGAAAAAUCAAGAACACAUCACCUCUGACAAACAUACUUCCCACAACAUCAAUCCCAGCGAGACCACAAUACCAUCUACAAACUCAACAUCACCAGCUAUUUCCCCAUCACCACACAGCAAACCCUGCACCAUAUGCCACACACCUCGCGAUGUACUGAUACGAUGCCAAAUCGACGAAACGAAGAAAUGGCAUUUUGUAUGUACAGGUAAAUGUUGGAAGAAUGUUAGUGGAGGGGAAGUGGAUGGUGAUGGUAUACAUCCGGAGUAUAGGUAUGGAGGGAUGUGGAAAAAUAAACAUGAGGCGGUUAGUGCAAAGAUUAAGGGAAAGGCGAAGGAUAGGGAUAGGAAGAGAGAUGUUGGUAAAUCGGAAGAGAAUGGGAUAGAUGGACAAGAGGUGGAUGGAGUUUGA